UCAAAUCCUUGCGAACACUGUGUCUCUGUCCGUCUGUCGCUCCUCCAAACUCAGCUACGACGGUCGACGACGAAGUCAAGCCUCAAGGCCGAAAACACCGCCUCCCGCCCUCCCGCUACUGGGCUGCAUAUGUAUGGAUAGUGGAUACAACAAUUUAUAUUAUUAAUUGAAGCAUGAAGUUAAAUAGGUCGACCUCGAGCUCCAACUUGAGCUUGGAAGUUCGAGCAAUAUGACUCAAACUUGAGCUUGAACUCGAAUUCGAGCUCAAUUUGAGCCAAUCGAGCUGAUCAAGGUGAGCUCGAGCCUCGAUCUAUAUAAAAGUUUGACGACCCGAGCUCGAGCCACCAAACUUUAGAUCCAUAUUAAGAUACUUCAAUGAAGCAAUCCAAGGAUCCUUUUGAAGCUGCUUUUGAGGAGCAAGAGGAAUCACCCCCUGAUUCCCCUAUAGGUGCCGAGGAGAAUGAAACCCAAAAUGAGGCUGCUAUUACUGUCAAUGAUCAUGGAACUGAUGAAUUUGUUUCCAUUAAUCAUCCUGAAAACCCUUCAACAUAUGUUGCUGCCACAGUUCCCACUGGGACUGCUGGCAAGCCCAAAGAAGAUGAUGAAGAGGAAGAGGAAGAGCACAUGGAGGUGCAACUAGGAAAGCUUGCAUCUAGUUCUGACCCCGAUAAGACUGCUAAAAUGCAGACCAUUUUAUCUCAAUUUACUGAAGAACAAAUGAGCAGGUAUGAAUCUUUUCGAAGAUCUGGAUUUCAGAAGUCUAACAUGAAGCGGUUAUUAGUAAGUAUCACAGGAAGUCAGAAAAUCUCUGUGCCUAUGACAAUUGUGAUGUCUGGUAUUGCAAAAAUGUUUGUUGGUGAACUCAUUGAAACAGCUAGAAUAGUGAUGUCUGAGAGAAAUGAUAGCGGACCUAUUAGACCAUGUCACAUCAGAGAAGCAUAUAGACGACUAAAACUUGAGGGAAAGGUUCCGAAAAGAUCUGCCCCACGACUCUUUCACUAGACAAAUAUUCAAUGGUCCUUGUGCAGGUUUUUGUUAUUCUCUUUUGCUUAGCCUAUGGUAUAGAAAAAUGCUUAUUAGUAGAAUUGAGAAGCGGGUUUAUCCUUUUGGAAAACAUUGUUGGGGUACAGUAGUGCUUUUGUAUUGCCAUUUUAUAUGAAAGAGUUUCAUGUUCACUUGUUUCUUCUUCCC